AACCACCACGCCGCUUAGUGUACGUUACACUCUCGGUGCGCGCGAAGGUUCGUCGCUUCAUUACGGCGGCCGCUUUUUUGGCGAAGUCGUUUCUCGACUAACCCUCCUGGAAGCAAAUUAGUCUCUCUGUUGAGUUGUGUUACAGUUGUGGAGACAAGAAGCAGCAAGAAGCAAAGUGUUCGGAGCAAGUAGCGCAACCCUCCAAAAGGAACAUCGGAGAGCAUGGAUCGAAACGUGAUUGAGGGAAGAAGAAUAAGAGCACAGUGAAUCGCGUGUGACAUCGAAGUGAAGGCGAUAAUUUCGUCUAGUGGUCAUCCCUCUUUCUCUCUUGCUCUGAGCUCUAAACGACCGAUCAAAGUCAAGCCAGAGUCGUGUGAAAGCCGCGCGUCGUUCGUCUCUUCGUGAUUUGAAAUUGAAAGUGAGUCAAACACGAAACGAAAAGCUGUGAGAAACGCUGCCGAAGAAAAAGAGAGCAAAAAGUCAUCACCCAAGAAACCGAAAGAUAUUGGAAGCCAAGUUCCAGUGGCCGAGUGCCGGAAAAAGUGACACAAUCGAAUUACCGCAUUUCUGCGCGCUGUUCGCGUGGCUCUCGGGGCUCGACUUCGCAUGGCGACCGUGGCGCCAUUUUUCUAGGAGUCGUGUGCAUUUUUUUUUGCUCUCUGUCUGUUUCGUUUUCAAGUUUGGACGAAAAAUUGUAUAAUCGAUUGGCGUGCCGAGUGAGUAAUCAGCCGGAAAGAAUUUGACUUGCAAAUUCGGCGCCUUCGGUGCGCGAAAAUUAUUAUUUAGGAAUCCGGACAGCCGGAGGAAAAUUAAAUCAAAACCAUUAAAAAGUGCGAUAGUUUUCGAGGCGGACCAAAGGUGACACGGGUUUGACCCCGAUCGAGGUCGUCUCCAUCAGCGGAGCGGAAACAUGAAACUGAUGAACGGACGACGAGUCGUAGACAGAGACAAACCGGUAUUCUGCUGAAUCGGAAGCGCUUUUAGUGACGAAACAAGUGUACAAGCAAAAAAUCUGUAGCAUAUAGAGAAGAGUUCCCGCAGAAAGAGAACAUCAUCGCAGGCGCAGGCACCUGAACGAGUUCGAGCGCUCAUGGGCAACGGAAGCAAAAAGGUAAACGAUCAUAAUCAAGCCGCAACCGACGAGAAGACGACAACUGUGACAACGCAAAAACAUCUCCUCUUUGGUCAAGUGACAGCAUCGACAACAAGUGCUUCACUUCUUGGACAUCCCAGCAUAUCAGACUGGUAAUCAUUUUCAUCGCCCGCCAUGGAGAGGAAGUGCUUGGACGUAGUGUUUUCAUUAACUACCGUGAAUGCGCAACAAAUUGAUUUACUUAUGUGGCUCCUCCUCUGAUGAACUGAUACCGCGACUGGAACUGAUUUGGAUUGCAAAAAGAUGAGGCGCCGAUCCAGGAUGAAGGUUCUCAAGAUUUUGCAGUCGUUCUCGCAAGGGACAUUCAUUGCGUUCAUAUUGUCGCUUCUUUAUUGCGGCCACUGCAGUAUAGCGGAACCAGGGUACCUGGACUUUGACAACCUUCCGGAGACGAACUUCACGUGCGCCGGAAAGGUGAUUGGCGGCUACUACGCCGAUCUGGAAGCCUCGUGCCAGAUGUUCCACGUGUGUACCAUCGGUCAGGGUGACGAACCGAUGGACAUCAAGUUCCUCUGCCUGAACGGAACAGUGUUCGAUCAGGAGACACGCGUUUGCGAACGCGUCGAUGAAGUCGACUGCUCAAAGUCGGAGAGGUUCUAUUACCUCAAUUUGGAGCUAUACGGCAACACGAUCAUUCCAGCGCCGGAAGAGAGCAGCUCGGAGGAAGUCUCGAGCAGCGCCAGCAGUCCAUCGUCCACAUCGACGUCGACUACUUCAACAACGACCAGCACAACCACCACAACCAAAAAGCCCACAACGACAACGCCAUCACGUAGAUUUAUCUUUAACAAUAGUAAAGGAAGUCCAAUCGUGUCCUCCACGACAUUGGCCACGCCAACACAUGGUUAUUCGACUUCCACUUCGAAGCCAGGAGAAGAGGAAGAAGAAUACGAAUAUGAAGACGAAGAGUACGACGACACGAAUUCGAAGGACGAUUCGGCUGCCACAGGACCUGCCGUUGUACCCAACCUAGAGGACGACGGUGGAUCCUUCUCGCCGCAGCAAUUCACGUUGCAGCAGCAAACGCAAAAUAGUCAACCAAAACCGGAAGAUCCGGCCAAGACAGGGUCCAAACCGGCCGUAUCCUUCCAACAGCAACAUUUCCAAAAUGGCGGCACACUGGCUGUGACCAAUUCGCACGUGACCGUCACCACUCAUACGACCAGUAGUAGCGGCACCGGCGGUAGCAGCAGUAGUAAUAGUAACACUAGCAACAAUGCAAAUAGCCAAAAGAAAAAUGCUCAACCAUCCCUCACGACGAAGGAGAAACAUGCUCUCGAGCAUCAGAAGCUCCAGCAGCAGCAAGCCCUCCUUCAACAACAGAUGCUCGCCAAGCAGCAUCAAGAACUACAGAAGAAACAACAGGAAGCUGCCGUGCAGCAACAGCAGAAAGCCAUCCAACAGCAACAGAAGCAGGUCCAACAGCACGAGUCCGAAAUCAAAAACCACCAAGCUCAACUCCUCCUGCACACGCAGAAGAUCAAUCGCCAGCAGCAGCAGAAACCGUUUCCUAACAAAUCAACCUACAACCCGUACGGUGUCAUCACUCCUCACCAGCAGCAGCAAGAGCAGCAAUCCGAAGAACAAACACUGCAAGCUCAAUCACCAAAGAGAAUCCCACUGUUGGCGGCAGUGAAUCCAAUCGGACCGCCGCAACAAUCGCCAGUGGCGUCGCAACCAUCGAGCGUGUCGCAACUGGCCCCCUUCCGACUGAGGGCACAGGGCUUCAAACUACCGUCCCAACAGGAGGACCGUUUUGAAGGAUACCGGAGACAGCCACCCCCGCAGGUCUCCUUGCAUCUGCCCUUUGAACAGCUCCGCCAUCAGAAGGACAUCUCGCUGCAGUUCGAUCCGGAAGAGGAGGACCUCACCCAAAUCCCGAACCGUAAAGAGCUCAAACGUUCCGAUCCACCGUUCCACAGUUCAAUCCACGGCAACAACACCCCACCCACGGUCUCGCUGAAAACGUCCGUAACGGCUGCUAACAAUGCUGUCCAGUCGACAGCUCAGGCCCCGGUGGCGAUGGAGCACAAACAGCCGGAACCGGAUUCGGCCAGCUAUCCGGACGAUCCGGUCGAGUACUACGAUGAGGAUUACAGCGCAGAGCCGGCCAGCGGCAAUCCUAGUUUAGAUAGUGUUAAGUCAAACUCCAAUAGCGGCUCGGUGGUGACCCACAAGCGCUCCGGAGAGAACCAACUGGGCGAUCCGAAGGUUCUCACCGGCAGUGGCCUUCCGACCACCCAAGCGAGUCGAACUAGUAGCACUAGCGGUAACAAUAGCUCUAAGUCUAAGAACACUAGUAGAUUUAUCAUUAACAAUGAACACCACAAAAGUCCAACAAAUCCGUACAACAGCAAUCGAGCGCGCACCGGAAGGCUGUACGACGGUCGGCCGUCCGGUUUGGGGGGAACACCUACCCCAAAAUCUCGUGCCAGCUACAACCCGCAGCCAAAGGUGAUCGUCACCACCAGUACCUCGAUCCGGGACAACAGCGGCCGGACGAUCAACUAUUCCAUCAGUAGCAGCAAUCCGUCUCCGGCAACGACCGCUGCCAGUCACGUGGCCAAAUACCGAGAGCCUUCAACGAGAGGCUACGAUGAGUACAAAGAGGACGACGUCCUGUCGGAUCCAUUCUUCCUCGAUGUACCCAAGGUUAGUGGCGGAAACGGAAGGAGAAAGCGCGAUGCUUGGUCCCAGCGGAAACGAAGGAAACCAUUCUUGUACAUUGUUCCUCGAUUUAUGUAGCUAUACGACAAACACGCUGUAGAAUCAACACAAAACAUCUCGCCCUCCCCCCAAUCAAAGAAGAGAAACUAAAAACUCUUAAAAAUAUUCUUAUUGAACAAAGCAUGCAACAUACUGACUCUAGUUUUAAUGUAGGCAAAAGUAAUUUCGUUAAAAUAUUUUCUCUGUAAAUAUAACUUUUCUCCAAAACGAAUCCAAGCGAUAUGAAUCAAUACUCAUUUAAUAUAUACAUUUACUCUUAUUUUUAAAAAGAAUAUCUUGUACAUUGAUCGCGGAAAAUCAUAAAAACUCUGCAUGAAGUUCGGACAAAUUGGACUAGCGUUAAAAUAUUUGUAAUUAUAAAGCACUUUUAAACAUAAUCUAUUGUAGCUAAUUUAAUACUUUUCGUAGCGACCUAAGCGUGUAUAAGUCCUGUACAGAGAAAAUAUACAGUUUUAAGUAAAUCCUUCCAUAGGGUAACAACUAUUGAACCAACAACAAUGUGGUAUGAACAAGUUAUGGCCUUUCGACGGUGAACAAGCACAAAGUAGGAACAAUCAGGACGUGGAUUUUUUUUACGGUUCAAAGAAGCCUCGAUUGUAUACGUGUAAAAAUGUUAAACGGUUGACGAAUCAAUUUGUAGUUCGGUUUUAAGAGGAAAUAAAUCUGAAAUUAAAAUGCCAAUCAGAAUGAAAAUGUA